AUGAACUCCCUCAGAUCCGCAGGAAACUACAUCUCCAACAAAGUCAAGGGCUCUGCUCACGGCGCGAGCAAAGAGACCAACAAGUCGAUCGCCAAAGACCCCAACGUUCGAACUUCGACUCGUUUGCGAGCUGCGAGCAACGCCGUCAAGGAUAAGAUGCAUGAGACCAGCCAUAACACACAGGCCGACGUGAAUAAACAAGCUGCAAAGCAUAACUAUUAG